AUGGCUGAGACAUCAGAAGAAGGCCCUAAGAGCCAGUUAUCAGAAAUCAAGGAAUCUUGGGAUGAAAUCGAAAGCAAAGUUAACUCCACACCAACCAUGGUGUUUUCGGUGAUUGGUGAUUCCAACAGCUUUGUCCCUAGACCCUGGGCUAAGACAGUGUUUCAGAUAGCCCUCAUUGAGGCCGCCAAAAGUGGAGGAGAGACAUGGAUUUUAUAUCGUGGGCAUGAUUUUGGCGUAUCAUCAAUAGUACGAGAUGCCUACAGUAAAUAUAGUGACGCAGAGUUUGGUUCAAAAAGCAGUGAAAAAGAAAUCUCCAAUGUUCAAAGACACGUAAAAUUAAUUAGCAUUGCUGGGAAAAAGGCCGGGGUAAGUACAUGGGACUGUACAAUUAACCCACGAGACAAGGUCCAUUUUUUGCUGGAGUUUGAGGAACACGUGUCCAACAAAGAAGUGACUUUCUUCAAAAUGCCGAUUCCUGUGAUAAUAUUGGCCUGUGAAGGGGAUAUCUCUACCAUUAGACACAUAGCUGGAGCCCUAGAACGUUACAUCCCCGUCAUCAUCAUCAAGGGAUCGGGGAAAGCUGCCGACCUUAUUCUGGAUUUCCUGGAAGACAACGACAAUCUGAUGUUAAAGGCAAGCGUUUUGUUUGGGGUUCGUUUUGACAAUGAAAGCUUCAACAAACUUCAGGCAAAUUUGACGAGCAUCAAAAACAGAAAAGAUUUGGUAGCCUUCUUCGAUGUAGAUAACGAUGAUCCAUUGGUACUUCCAAACAUUGUUGGUGAAUCUAUUGUCAGGAGUUGGGCAAUUGUAAAAAAAGCGGAUCAAAAACAGGAAGAGGAGAUGAAAGUAAUGGAAUAUCAAGAAACUUCUUUAGAAGGAUGUACUUCCGAAGAUUCAAAUCAAGAAAAUUAUGAUGCAGCGCCGUCUGUGGUUAAGGUUAAAAUUCUUCACGGAAAUUCCGUAACACCCGAGCCAACAGAAGUGGAUCGCGCAUUGAGGCGGUAUAAGGAGUCCAAGCCUUAUGUUCUGAAUCCAAAAUACGCCUCUCCCACUUCAUUACCUUUGUACUUCUACUUUGGGUAUCAGUUGCUACAAGAAUUAAGGAUCUUGGACCAAUGUGGCCACUUUGGUUUUGAUACCGGUAAAACUAUCUGGGAAUGUAUUUUUCUGUCAAUAUCUCUUACCAUUUUAUGUGAAUUUAUUCAUCAGGUACUUCUUUUUGAAGCUUUCAAAUCAAACAGGUGUGACUAUGUCAGGGUUUUACUGGACCAUGGAGUGACAUUUGAAUUCCGCAACUUGUUGGAACUUUAUGAGCAGACUGUUUCCUGUCAUGGAUGUCAUUUUGAAAAAGAUGAUUGUUUGCACAUACAGUGGCUAUUAAAGCAAAUUGAAGAGGAGAAAGCGAAAAUAGUGUUUGAUCAUGACAAAUACAGAUCCUUCAAAAGAAAGAUACAGGAGAAAAAUGAAAAAAUACGACUCUACACCAGAAUCAUGAAUGGAGAAAUCCAUGAAACGAAAAUUUACGUGAAAAAACAAGAGGUUAAUUUAGGAAAAUUAACAAGAAAACAGAGGAGAAGAAGAUUGCAAAAACUGAUCAAUUCCAAGGCUACAAGCCGAGACGACACAGAAAGUACCCUAAACCAAUUAACUGAGGAUAACGAAGACAGAGUGGCUAGGGCGGCCAGGGGACUGUGUAGGAAAAUUUUGGGAUAUCGAGUGAUGCAAGAGAAAGAAAAAGAUAUCUCCGAUCUCCUACUUUGGGCAAUUUUCGCAAAUCGGAGAGAGCUAGCUGAAAUAUGUUGGCUACGAACUGACGAUCAUCUACUGACGGGUCUUAUUUGCUCUGCUGUUCUGAAGAAACUGUCACACAAAGCUAAUAAUGUUAAGGAACAAAAUUUAGCUACUGAUUUUAAAGAACAUGCAAAGUUGUUCGAGGAACGAUGCUUGGCCAUAAUGGACCGUUUGUACGAGGAGGACACUCGAAGCGCCAUAGACCUAAUGGACGACGUGUCCAAUGUUUGGGGAAUCAAGUCUAGUCCACUGACCUUCGCUCACGAGAACUUCUUGUAUGACGUGGUGGCACAUGCAUGUUCCCAGAAAAACAUGAACCGACAGUGGUACAACAACUUAGCUCCGGACCUCAAACCCUUCUUGAAAUCGGUGUUUCGGAAGCCAAGGGAGUUUUUCACAGCACCUGUGACGAAGUAUAUUUACAACUAUGUCACCUUUAUGACGAUGCUGAUAUUAUACAGUAUGUUUGUACUGACCAGUAUCAGCUCAGAGUUCUACGGCCUGAACGUUACCAUUAUAUUUGAAUAUUUUGUUUACUUGUGGGGUUUUGGAGAUCUGGUGGAAGAACUACUCAGCUGUUUUGGUUGUUUAGAAUCAGUCGGUAAAUCACACCGUGGAUACUAUGCCCGGCUGAAGAGAUACGUUUACGAUUUUUGGAAUGUGGUAGAUCUUUUGUCUUAUCUGCUAUUGAUAACGGCACUGUUUGUCCGGCACCUCCACCCUUCCUCCACCUAUACCGACGCCAGAAGGAUGUUCUCGUUAUCCCUGCUUGUCAUGUAUCUAAGGUUUUUGGCAGUUUUCUUGGUUCACAGAAGAAUGGGUCCAACAUUGAUCAUGAUAAAAGAAAUGUUGAAGGACCUUUUAAGCUUCCUAUUUCUAACCGCGUUUGUCGUAGUAGGGGUAGGAAUAUACUACCAUUCCAAUCUUUGGCCAGAUCACCAGGAAAUCUGGAAAGGAAAAUCUAUCUGGAAAAUAAUCUACUACCCUUAUUGGCAACUAUACGGACAGACAUUUACCGGCUUCCUAGAAGGUAAGGACCUCUCGGGUUGUUCUAAAGUGGAUUCGGUGUGGAAGUCUGAUCCUUCCAUAGACCGUUGUCCUCAAGAAGACUGGACAGUGUCUGCAAUAUCAGCUCUCUACAUGCUGUUCUCCAACCUCCUGUUAGUGAAUCUGGUCAUCGCUAUGUUCAGUUAUACAUUUGAGAGAGUUCAAGAGAACGCCGAAAAGUUAUGGCGAUUCAACAGAUACAAAGUCAUCAACGCCUACGUGUGGAGGAUACCAUCUCCCAUCAACCUUAUCUUACUACCCAAGCGCUUUUGCUGUUGUCCCGGGGAAGGUCGUAAAAACAGAUGCAGAGCAAUUUCACAAUGUUGCAACACAGAGAAAAGGAAAAGGAAAAGUGAAGCUCGCAAAAAAGAAAAGCAGUAUAGAAGGAAUCUCCAAAGAAACAUAGCGUUCAAAAUUUACAAUAAACUAAGAGGAUUAGGCAUGUCUGAGACAUCAGUGGAAGACCGCAAAAGUCAGUUAUUAGAAAUCAAGGAAUCUUGGGAUGAAAUCGAAAGGAAAGUUAACUCCACACCAACCAUGGUGUUUUCGGUGAUUGGUGAUUCCAACAGCUUUGUCCCUAGACCCUGGGCCAAGACAGUGUUUCAGACAGCCCUCAUCGAGGCCGCCAAAAGUGGAGGAGAGACAUGGAUUCUCUAUCGAGGACAGGAUUAUGGCAUAUCAUCAAUAGUACGCGAUGCCUACAGUAAAUAUAGUGACGCAGAGUUUGGUUCAAAAAGCAGUGAAAAAGAAAUCUCCAAUGUUCAAAGACACGUAAAAUUGAUUCGCAUUGCUGGAGAAAAGUCUGUGGUGAGUAUGUAGAAAUAGAUGUACUUCAUGAAAACUUUAUUUAACUACAAGGCCCAGUUUUUACUGGAGUUUGAGGAAUAUAUUUCCAACAGAGAAGUGGCCUUCUUCAGCCAUUCAAUUGAUUUAAAAAUGCCAAUCCCUGUAGCAAUACUGGCCUGUGAAGGGGACAUUUCUACCAUUAGACACAUAGCUGGAGCCCUAGAAAGAAAAAUUCCCGUCAUCAUCAUCAAGGGAUCGGGGAAAGCUGCCGACCUUAUUCUGGAUUUUCUAGACGACAAUGACAAUCUGAUGUUGAAGGCGAGUCUUCUGUUUGGUGUUCGUUUUAACAACGAAAGCUUCAACGACCUGCAGGAAUAUUUGACGAGGAUUAAAAACAGGAAAGAUUUGGUGGCUGUUUUUGAUGUGGACAGGGAUGACCCAUUAGUACUUUCAAACACUGUCGGCGAAUCUAUUGUUCGCAGUUGGGCAAUUGAGAAAACUUCAAGCAAUCGGAAAACUGACGAGUACCAAGAUCUAGAAACCAACCGAGAUGAUUCAGGAGAUCCUAAUCAGGAAAAGGAUGUGGCAACACCAUCGGUGGUUAAAAUAAAAAUUCUCCGGGGGAAUUCCGUCAGUCCCGAGCCAACUGAAGUGGGUGGCGCUCUGAAACGCUAUAAGGAAUCCAGGCCGUAUGUUCUGAAUCCUAAAUACGCCUCUCCCACUUCUUUGCCUUUAUACUUCUACUUUGGAUAUCAGUUGUUGCAAGAGAUAAAGAUCUUGGACCAAUGUGGCCAUGUGCUUCUUUUCGAAGCUUUGAAAUCCAACAGAUGUGAUUACGUCAGAGUUUUACUGGAUCAUGGAGUGACGUUUGAAUUCCGCAACCUGUUGGAACUCUAUGAACAGCAAAUUGAAGAAGAAAAAGCGAAAAUUGUCUGCGAUCAUGAUAAAUACAGAUCCUUCAAAAGAGAGAUACAAGAGAAAAAUGAACAGAUAAGACUCUACACCAGAAUCAUGAAUGGAGAAAUGCACGAAACCAAAAUUUACGUGAAAAAUCAAGAGAUAGACUUGGAAAAAUUAACGAAAAAGCAGAGGAGGAGAAAAUUACAAAAAGCGAUCAAUUCCAAGGCUACAAGCAGAGAGGAUACUGAAAGUAGUCUAAACCAGUUAACUGACGACAACGAAGACAGAGUGGCUAGAGCGGCCAGGGGACUGUGUAGGAAAACUCUGGGAUACAGAGUGACAGGUCUUAUUUGCUCUGCAAUUCUCAAGAAACUUUCCAAGAAAGCUUAUGGUGUAAAAGAGCAAAAUUUGGCUGCAGAAUUGAAUGAACAUGCCAAGUUGUUCGAGGAACGAUGUUUGGCCAUAAUGGACCGUUUGUACGAGGAGGACACUCGAAGCGCCAUAGACCUAAUGGACGACGUGUCCAAUGUUUGGGGAAUCAAGUCUAGUCCACUGACCUUCGCUCACGAGAACUUCUUGUAUGACUCGAUGUUUCGGAAAUCAAGGAAGUUUUUCACGGCACCUGUGACGAAGUACAUGUACAACUAUAUUACCUUCCUGGUGAUGCUGAUAUUGUACAGCUUCUUCGUACUGACAAGUAUUGGUACAGAGUAUUAUGGCAUGAAUAUUGCUAUAGUAUUUGAAUAUUUUGUCUACUUCUGGGGCUUUGGCGACUUGGUAGAAGAACUAAUCGGCUGCUUUGGUUGUUUAGAAUCAGUCGGUAAAUCACACCGUGGAUACUAUGCCCGGCUGAAGAGAUACGUUUACGAUUUUUGGAAUGUGGUAGAUCUUUUGUCUUAUCUGCUAUUGAUAACAGCGUUGUUUGUCCGGCAUCUCCACCCUUCCUCCACCCAAACCGACGCCAGAAGGAUGUUCUCGUUAUCCCUGCUUGUCAUGUAUCUAAGGUUUUUGGAAGUUUUUCUGGUUCACAGAAGAUUGGGACCUACGUUGAUCAUGAUCAAGGAAAUGUUGAAGGACCUCAUCGGCUUCCUGUUCCUUACCGUGUUUAUUGUGAUAGGUGUAGGGAUAUACUACCAUGCCAACCUCUGGCCAGAUCACCAGGAAAUCUGGAAAGGAAGAUCGUUGUUGAAAAUAAUUUACUACCCUUAUUGGCAACUAUAUGGAGAGACAUUUACCGAAUUUCUGGAAGGCAAGGAACUUUCGGACUGUUCUGCUGUGGCUUCAGAAUGGAAGUCGGGCACCUCCAUAGACCGUUGUCCUCAAGAAGACUGGACAGUGUCUGCAAUAUCAGGCCUUUACAUGCUGUUCUCUAACCUCCUGUUAGUGAAUCUGGUCAUCGCUAUGUUCAGUUAUACUUUUGAGAGAGUUCAAGAGAACUCCGAAAAGUUGUGGCGAUUUCACAGAUACACAGUCAUCAACGACUACGUCUGGAGGAUACCCUCUCCCAUCAACCUUAUCUUACUACCCAAGCGCUUUUGUUGUCCCGGGGGUGGUCGUAAAAACAGAUGCAGAGCUGUUUUAGUGUGUUGUAACAAAGAGGAAGUGGAAAAAGGAAGAGAAAGCCACAAAAAAGAAAAGAAGUAUAGAAGAAACCUUCAAAGAAAUGUCGCGUUUGCAAUUUACAACAAACUCUGA